UAAAUUAAUCCAGAUCUUAACAGUAGCCUUCAGCUUUUUUUGGAAUAAUAAAAUUGCUAACAAGUAAUGUAAUAUACAUAUUAACACCAUAAAAUAACUUUUGCACAGAAUUGUACAAUUGAUCACAUCUUAUUGGCUUCUCAUUGCGCGUCAAUGUCUCCCAUUGGUUAAGCAUAGAGACAGAGCGACAUGCGUCAUAAUCUGAAAACAAGGAAAUAAAUAAAGGGAAGGAAUAAAGGGAGGAAAACAAUGGCCUUUACUUUCAGUUUUUUGUUUUUAUUUUUUUAGUAGCGACGGAACACUUUAAUGGAUUAGAAUCUACAUUAAAAAAAAAAAAAAAACCUACGAAAAGCAGUGAAAAUGCUUCGCCUUAUUUUGCCCUCAUUGCUUUGGUGUUUACGUGACUGUGGUGUGUCUGGUGUUGGUACAGAGAGAUUGUCAGUGAUGGAGGGAGAAUCAAUCACUCUAAACACUGAUGUUGAAACAAACCAACAAGAAAAUAUCAGGUGGUAUUUGACAUUGGAGAAUGAUAUUCUCAUUGCUGAAAUCAGUGGAGCUCAGAGUAAGAUCUGUGAAGAUCAACAGUGUAAAGAGAGAUUCAGAAACAGACUGCAGCAUCAGACUGGAUCUCUGACCAUCAAAGGCACCAGACCCACAGACUCUGGAGUUUAUAAACUAAAGAUCAACAGCAGCAGAAUCAGCACAAAGAUCUUCACUGUUACUGUUCAUAGUUUUUUCAGUGGUGAUACAGAUGAAGAGUCAGCUUUUGUGAUGGAAGGAGAUUCAGUCACUCUACACACUGAUGUUGAAACAGACAAACAAGAAAAGAUUAGAUGGUAUUUUAAUGCCAUUCGCAUUGCUGAAAUCACUGGAGAUCAGAGUAAGAUCUGUACAGAUGUUCAGUGUAUUGAAGGAACUGAGAGAUUCAGAGACAGACUGAAGCUGGAUCAUCAGACUGGAUCUCUGACCAUCACAAACAUCAGAACCACAGACUCUGGAGUUUAUCAACUAAAGUUCAUCAGCAGCAACAGCAUCAGUGAAAAGAUCUUUACUAUUACUGUCCAUGAUGUUCCUGGUGCAGAGAUGGAUAGGACAAAGUCAGUGAAGGAGGGAGAAUCUGUCACUUUAGAUCCUGGUGUAAUGAAAACCCCCAAAGAUUUGAUGACAUGGUACUUCAAUGACACAUGUAUAGCUGAAAUCACUGGAUAUCAGAGUAAGAUCUGUACAGAAGAACAGUGUAAUGAGAGAUUCAGAGACAGACUGAAGCUGAAUCAUCAGACAGGAUCUCUGACCAUCACAAACACCAGAACCACAGACUCUGGAGUUUAUAAACUGAAGAUCAUCACCAACAGCAGCUUUAGCAUCCACCGGCAGCACAGCAUCAGCAUUAUCAGCAAAAAGAGCCUUACUGGCACUGAUUGGAUUGUGUAUUUACUUGCUAUAGGAGGAGUAGCUGUCGGUAUUCUGCUGGUGGCUGCAGGUGUAACUGGUGUGUUUGGUGUUGGUUUAGACAAAGUAUCAGUGACGGAAGGAGAUCCAGUCACUCUACACGCCAAUGUUGAAAUAAACAAGAAAGACAGAAUUAAAUGGUUUUAUAAAAACACUCGUAUAGCUCAAAUCAUUGGAGAUAUUAGUAUCUGCACAGACAUUCAGUGUAAUGAAGGAACUGAGAGAUUCAGAGACAGACUGAAGCUGGACAAUCAGACUGGAUCUCUGACCAUCACAAACACCAGAACCACAGACUCAGGAGAAUAUGAACUACAGAUCACCAGCAGCAGCAGCAAUACCGACAGCCUUAAGAUCUUCAGUGUUAAAGUCAGUGGAGCUGUAGUGUCAGUGAUGGAGGGAGAUUCAGUCACUCUACACACUGAUAUUACAACAAACCAGCGAGACAGAAUUAAAUGGUAUUUUAAUGACACUCGCAUCGCUGAAAUAAAUGGAGAUCUCAGUAAGAGCUGUACAGAUGUUCAGUGUAAUGAAGGUAAUGAGAGAUUCAGAGACAGACUGAAGCUGGAUAAUCAGACUGGAUCUCUGACCAUCAUGAACAUCAGAACCACAGACUCUGGAGUUUAUCAACUAGAAAUCAUCAGCCGCAACAGUGAAAAGAUCUUCAAUGUAGCUUUUCAUGAUGUUUCUGCUGUUGAACGAGAUGAAGUGAAGACAGUGAAGGAGGGAGAAUCUGUUACUUUAGAUCCUGGUGUAAUAAAAAACCCAAAUGAUGUGAUGACAUGGUAUUUUAAUGACAUUUCUAUUGCUGAACUCACUAGAGAUCAGAGCAAGAUCUGUACAGAUGUUCAGUGUAAAGAUGGUGAUGAGACAUUCAAAGACAGACUGCAGGUGAAUCAGACUGGAUCUCUGACCAUCAUGAACACCAGAACCACAGACUCUGGAGAAUAUAAACUAGAGAUCAGCAACAGAAGCAGCAGCAGCUUCAGUAUUAGAAGGAUUAAGAGCUUCAUUGUUACUGUCUCUGGUUCAGGUCUGUCUUCAGCUGCUGCAGCAGGAAUAGUUGUUGUUUUUGUUCUUCUGGUGGCUGCUGCUGCUGUAACUGCUGGUGUGAUUUACUAUUGCAAGCUUCAAAGUAGAAGCAACAGGGAGCUGCAAAGUCCUAUCCAGGAGAAUGGUGUACAAUACUCAGUUGUUAGUCAGAAUGUGGAGCUUGUUAAUGAGACAUCCCAUAAUUUGACUGAGACUGCCAAUGGAAAGCAUUAAACCUGCAAUAAAGUAUUAAGAAAAGCAGCACUUUACCAGCAAUAGAACAGCAAGGCCUGGUUUCACUCAGGUCUUAGUUGAACUAAGGACUGAUCCUGGCUUUAUCUUUUAUAAAUGUGCCUUACAAAGAAAAAAGAAAGAAAGAAAAAAAAAAAGUUGUGCAUUUUGAGACAAAACAAUGGUUCUGACAUAUUUUAAGAUAUAUCAGUGCAAGUUGCUUUUAGUUAAAACAGAGUGAAACUGGGGACAAGUGUUUGAUGUUUUCCAGUGUGUAGAGGUUUAUUAAAGCUGCUGAAGUGAUCCAGACAGGAACAGUGAGACCUUUUUUGUUUUUCAUUUGCACUGAUCUGGUUUUGAUAUAUCGGUUAUUUUGUCCCGUCUGUGUACAUCCUUCUGUAACUGACUGUUUUACCAUUCCAAGAUGGCCAUUUUAAUCCAGCAGUAAAUUUGACUACUAGUAUAGUCACAGAUGAUCUUGUACUGUAAGACACAAGUGCUCUUCACAAAUACUGUCGAAUCGGAAUCGAACAACAUGCAGGUGCUGAAUGGAGUGUGCACUACCGAUACUGUAGCUGCCUGUCAUUUUUGUAUUGACAUUUAUUGACUUUCUACAUAUUGUGUUUUGGAUUGUGGUUACUAAACAGGGGUUUAGUAAGUGCUUUUGACAACAAUCUUAGUCCCCUAUUUUUAAUCUUAGUCCCCUAUUUUUUUUUUUUUUAUUAGACUUUUGUUUUGUACUCAUUGUAAAUAUAUAAAUAGCCUCAAUAUGAUAGGGAUUUAGAACUGUCUAAAUGUAUUAUUUAUUUGUCACGUACAUAUUUUGUCAUGUCAAAGCAAGUACUGCCAUUUGCCAAACUCUGCACAAAAUCCUGUACCAUGAACUAGACAUGGAUGUUUUCAUUUCACAAACACUAAUGGUUGAGUUUAUUUUAGUAAGAUGUUCAAAUAUUUUAAAUAAUCUGUGCAUAUAAAGAUGUUUUAUUUUGUGGGAAAGAAAAAAAAAAUCGCAUGCCUUUGAUGAGCACAGAAUUUUUAAACCCUAUUUUUUCUGAUUGUAUGCUUAUAUGAUAAAUGCCAUUAAAAACAUUUGUUUCACCUAUAA